ACCACAGAGACUCGCCCAACAUGUCCAGGAUCAGGUCAUUUAUGAAGACGUGGUACAGCCCGGAAGUGCUGCCCAUUUACGUCAUUACCGCCGUCGCCAUGGGUGGAGCUGGCUGGUACCUUACCCGUCUUGCCAGGGGGCCGGACGUCAUCUGGGACAAGAAGAACAACCCCACUCCUUGGAACAACGUCGAGCCUGGAACCAACACCAAGAUGAUGGCUGUCAACCAAGAAUUCGAGCGAAAGUACAAGCGUGACAGGCGUGAUCUAAGCGGCGGAGGACACAGCACGGAAGGACGAUCUCUCUCUUUCAACCUCGUCUCUCUACCUCACCUCGAAUACAUAGCAGCAUCACCCUCAAUUGCUCAAGAGAGUGACUGA